CUACGUAUCCUAUCAAAGUAACGAGUCAGUACUUCCCAUUUGAGCUCAUUUCUUCAUCUCCUUCGCCAUUUCCCCCUUUUUUUCUUCAUCAACACCAUAACUGAGGUCGGGAGAAAGCUUCUCCGCGACCAUUCUCAAGGUUCAUUUAACUCUAAUUUAUACAAACCAACCCUAAAAAAUUCAGGUUCCAUAAGCUUCGAUCUCUGCUUUUAGGGUUACCCAAUAAAACCCUAAAUUUAAUACUGGAAAAUGUGAUUUACAACCCUGAAUUUGUUGCUUUGACAAUAUGGCGGCUUCUCAGCAUGUGGAAAUUGAGGCAGCUAAGUUCUUACAGAAGUUAAUUCAUGAAUCUAAAGAUGAGCCAGCCAAAUUGGCUACAAAAUUACAUGUGAUAUGUCAGCAUAUGAAGGCCAGUGGCAAAGAGCACUCGUUGCCGUAUCAAGUGAUAUCCAGGGCAAUGGAAACUGUUGUGAAUCAGCAUGGACUUGAUAUUGAGGCUGUCAAAGCGGCUCGUCUUCCUACAACUGGUGGACCUCAAAUUGGGGAGGAUUCCGGAAAUGCUUCAAGGUCGGAUGCACCUGACAGUAUGACACCUGCAGGCGGCAGUAGCAUGCCAUUUAGAGGUGUACCAGUUGGUGGUGCAUGGAAUGCAGGAGGAUCAAGUAGUAAAAUCAAGGAAGAAGUGUACGCGGGUACUCCGAUGCAGAGUGUUGGAGCUUUUAGAGAUUCUAGACCAGGUUUAGCUGAUAAUGAGGUUAUGAAUCCCAAUAAACCACCUGUUGGACCAAGUAGGGUAGGCAGUGGUGGACAUGAGUUUUAUCAAGGACCUGUAUCUCAGAGGAGUGGUAGUUUGUAUGACCACGAAAGUCCGUCUAGUCUAGACACGAGAUCUGGAAACUCCCAAGAAAGGGUUGACUCUGUAAAAUUAGACAAACAGGGAAGACCAAAAGAACCCAAAAAAGCCGCCACUAAGAGAAAGAGGGGAGGUGCAACAAGUGCAGAUGUGAAUCCUGACAACCCUCAAAAAUUAGAUACUCCAAACGCUGGAGCUAAAUCAAAAAAGGGGAAGGUUACCAAUAAGGGCGAUGCAUAUGCUGGUAUAAGUGGGGAACAUGCUCAGGUAAAUCCUGGUCAGGAUAGUGGUCCCAUGGAGCAUUUGUCUUCAGCAUCAAGUGGAAUGGAAUCUUUACUUAGAGCAAAGCAAGAGAGUCAGAUUUCGAAUGUAAAUCUUUCUGAGGGUGACGGUUCUGCUUAUGGUGUCGUGGGACAACAGAAGGGAGGUUUUGUUCAGGGUAGAAAUGAUCCUUUCAGUUCUAGGAAUGUUUGGGAUCAAUUUAAAACCGGUUUGUUGCCAGAUAACUCCCAGCUUUCCAGGUUUGCACCUACUGGUACUGCAUGUGUUUUGACAGCAGAUACCAAUGUUGCUCAGUCUGCAGUUCCGUCUCUUGGUUCAAGUAAGGAGACCCCUCAAGGUAUGAGUGUCACUUCUGGUGGUUAUAGCAAGGCUCAAGUAGGAGUGCCAGGAAAUUUUGGUUCAUAUGCUACACUGAAAACAGGUUUCCCUGCUUCUGUUCAACAUAACAAUACUUCCUUCGAUAAUUAUGAAAUGGCCUUGAAGUUGCUCAAGGAGCGGGGCGUGGAUCCAGAAUUGGCCUCGAAGAUGCUUAAGGAGAGGGGUUUAGAACCUUCUGGUUCUCAGUUCCUUGGGAAAGGCAAAGACAUGGCAUGUAUGGACACUGCUAUUAAAUCUUCCCUGGUCGAGCCCUCUUCUAGUAGAGGUGCAACAGAUUCGGAACGUAGGAAGUCUGCACUCACGAACGAUUCAGAAUCUGAUAUAUCUGAGAAAGCUCUGGAAGCUCAGUUUGAUCAGCAAGGAAGUGGAUCUCAGGGACCACAGAGUAAAGAGAACGUGGAUACAGGAAAAGCUUCCACUUCUCAUCCUCCCGUCUCGUCUGGCAUGCCAUUCAAGGAACACCAUUUGAAACAACUCAGAGCCCAGUGCCUUGUCUUUUUGGCUUUCAGAAACGGCCUGAUGCCAAGGAAACUCCAUCUCGAUAUCGCACUUGGAGAGCCAAAUCCAAGGGAAGGUGGUGACAGUGAUGGAACACGCAAUGAACAAAGCGAAUGCAAAGGGAAAGAGAUAUCUGUAAAAGAGCCAAGCAGUGGUAAUGAAGCCACAGCUGUACUCGGAAGACCUAGUGAUAUGAGUGAAAGAACUCUUCCUGGUUCGUCGUCUACUGGAAUCCCAACAGAGACCGAAACCACUUCAAUGGACACAGAUAAAUUUCAGAAGGCGAACAAGGGUCCUCCCACUGAUAGCUCUGCAGCAACAGAAGAAAGGAAUCACCUUCCGCCUGCAAGAAGAAACCCGGAGACAGAAAUGAAUAUCCAGGAAGAAUCAGAUUCUCAAGCAACUCUAGCUAUGACUUCUACGGCUGUGUCAGUGAUGAAUAGUGGGAGAACUUUUCCCAAGAUGAAUCCCGAUAGGGAUGAUGCUGGGAAUGGUCAACAACAGAUUGGGAGGUUGAACCACUUGUCCUCUUCCAUAUUGGGAAUGAAUCAGCAGCUAAAGAGAGAAAUGGCUAGUUUGACUGGGACACGCAAUCAAAACGAGGUUUCAGUAAAUGCAUCAUCACCCUCCUUAUUUCAUCACCCACCAAUGCCCCAAAGAACAGACUAUUCUUCAAAUCAUCCUCAACUGCUUGGUGACCGAGAGAGAGGAAAUAAUGUGCUCAGGUCAGAGCCUUCAUAUGUGCAAGCAAGUUUGCAUGCGGAUAGAUACCCUUCUACAUUUACAGGAAAAGCGGCGAGCAAAACUAAUUCAGGAAAAGAUGUUGAACAUUCAAGGGAUGUCAGUGUUAUGCGGACACAUGGGUCUCAGGGUGAGAACCAUGUUUCCGACUCUCAAAAGCAUUUAAAUUUUGAUAGGCAUCAGAUGGUUUCCUCGAACAAUACACAAAACUACGGGAAUCUAGGUAUGGUGCUGGAAAGAUCAAUGGAGUUAGGCGAAGCAAACAAAUCAAUUUAUACAGAUAUCACAAUGUCCCCACCAAAGUACACUACCUCAGAGAAAUGGAUUAUGGACCAUCAGAAAAGAAAGCUUAAUGAAGAACGAAAUUGGGCUAUCAAGCAGAGGAAAACAGAGGAAAGAAUGGCUGUAUGUUUCAAUAAGUUAAAGGAGGUGGUGAGUUCCUCUGAUGAUAUUUCCACCAAGACAAAAAGCGUGAUUGAACUGAAGAAGCUUCAGCUGCUUCAGCUUCAACGGCGAUUGCGUAGCGAGUUUGCCCAUGAUUUCUUCAAGCCUAAUACUUCCGAAAUUGAACAUCUUAAGACAUUUAAGAAACAUAAACAUGGAAGGCGAGUCAAACAACUCGAGAAAUUUGAACAGAAAAUGAAGGAGGAGCGGCAAAAGAGGAUUCGUGAGAGGCAAAAGGAGUUCUUCAGUGAAAUCGAAGUUCACAAGGAGAGACUGGAAGACUGGUUUAAAAUUAAGAGAGAGCGAUGGAAGGGUUUCAAUAAGUAUGUAAAGGAGUUCCAUAAGAAGAAAGAGCGAAUACAUCGUGAGAAGAUUGACAGAAUCCAGCGGGAGAAGAUUAAUUUGUUGAAGAACAAUGAUGUGGAGGGGUAUCUGCGAAUGGUUCAGGAUGCCAAGUCAGAUCGUGUUAAACAACUUCUCAAGGAAACUGAAAAAUAUCUUCAGAAGCUGGGAUCCAAAGUGCAAGAGUCGAAGGCCCUUGCAAGGCAGUUUGAGGUGGAAAUGGAUGAGAACCGGGCUUCACCCGUUCUUGAGAAGAAUGAGGUUGCAGUUGAGAAUGAAGAUGAAAAUGACCAGGCAGAGCAUUAUCUGGAAAGCAAUCAGAAGUACUAUUUGAUGGCUCACAGCAUAAAAGAGAGCAUAGCGGAGCAGCCAGCAUCUCUUCAAGGUGGAAAACUAAGAGAGUAUCAAAUGAAUGGUUUGCGUUGGUUGGUUUCUCUAUACAAUAAUCAUUUGAAUGGAAUACUUGCUGAUGAAAUGGGCUUGGGUAAAACUGUCCAGGUUAUCUCUUUGAUAUGUUACCUAAUGGAGACGAAAAAUGACAGAGGACCAUUUUUGGUGGUAGUACCGUCAUCUGUUCUAUCAGGAUGGGUUUCAGAACUUACUUUCUGGGCCCCUAGUAUUAUCAAAAUUGCAUAUGCUGGGCCUCCUGAAGAGCGACGUAAAUUAUUCAAAGAAAGGAUAGUUCAACAAAAAUUUAAUGUCCUUUUGACAACUUACGAGUACUUGAUGAACAAACAUGAUAGGCCAAAACUAAGCAAAAUUCAAUGGCACUAUGUUAUAAUUGAUGAAGGUCAUCGAAUAAAGAAUGCAUCCUGCAAACUGAAUGCUGAUUUAAAGCAUUACAAGAGUGCUCAUAGAUUACUGUUGACUGGAACUCCACUACAGAAUAACCUUGAAGAGUUAUGGGCCCUGCUUAACUUCUUGUUGCCGAGCAUUUUCAACUCAUCGGAUGACUUUUCCCAGUGGUUCAACAAACCAUUUGAGAGUGGUGUUGACACUUCACCUGAUGAUGCUUUACUGUCAGAGGAAGAGAAUCUCUUGAUUAUUAAUCGUCUUCACCAAGUUCUUCGUCCUUUUGUGCUUCGGAGGCUGAAACACAAGGUUGAACAUGAAUUGCCUGAGAAGAUCGAAAGGCUUGUAAGAUGUGAAUCAUCCGCAUAUCAAAAGCUUCUGAUGAAACGAGUUGAGGACAAUCUUGGCUGCAUCGGAAAUUCCAAGGGUCGUUCCGUGCACAAUUCUGUUAUGGAGCUCCGGAAUAUAUGCAAUCAUCCAUAUAUCAGUCAGCUUCAUGCGGAACAGGUUGAUAGUCUUGUACCUAGACAUUAUCUGCCACCCAUUGUGAGGCUUUGUGGAAAGCUGGAGAUGUUAGAUCGAUUGCUUCCAAAACUGAAAGCAACUGAUCACCGGGUUCUAUUUUUCUCUACAAUGACCAGGCUGCUUGAUGUUAUGGAGGAAUAUCUACGCUGGAAACGCUACAGGUAUCUUAGAUUAGAUGGACACACGACCGGAGGUGAUCGUGGAUCCCUUAUUGAUGAAUUCAAUCGACCAGAUUCUCCUGCUUUCAUAUUUUUGUUGAGUAUUCGUGCCGGAGGUGUUGGAGUAAAUCUGCAAGCCGCUGAUACUGUCAUUAUAUUUGACACUGAUUGGAAUCCUCAGGUUGACCUGCAAGCACAGGCAAGAGCUCAUCGGAUUGGUCAGAAGAAGGAUGUGCUUGUUUUGCGUAUGGAAACUGUGCAUAGCGUGGAGGAACAUGUUAGAGCUGCAGCGGAGCACAAAUUGGGAGUUGCCAAUCAGAGUAUAACUGCUGGAUUUUUUGAUAACCACACUAGUGCCGAAGAUCGAAGGGAAUAUUUGGAGUCUCUUCUGAGAGAGUGUAAGAAAGAAGAGUCCGCCUCUGUGUUAGAUGAUGAUGCUCUUAAUGAUCUCUUAGCUCGCAGUGAGUCUGAAAUUGAAACAUUUGAGUUGAUCGACAAACAAAGGCAAGAGGAAGAGGCGAUCACGUGGCAGAAGUUGGUACAAGGAUCGGAAAAAGACGACCCUACGGCAAUGCCUUCACGUCUAGUUACAGAUGAAGACUUGAAGGCAUUUGUUGAGGCUAUGCAAGCGUAUGAGGAUGCUAAUGCAGGUUUGAAGCGGAAAAGUGAAUACACUGCUGGGGGUCUUGAUACACAAUAUUAUGGGAGGGGGAAAAGAGCAAGAGAGGUAAGGUCUUAUGAAGAUCAAAUGACUGAAGAAGAAUUUGAAAAAAUGUGUCAAGUCGACCCUCCCGACUCCCCCGAAUUCAAGGAUGACACCGAGGACUCGAGUACGGGAAAUGCUGACGCGACCAAAGUGCUCACCAAUGUUACAGAGCUGUUGCCCAAUCCUCCAACGCCACAACCUCAGCCAACAGAAACACUGCAACCGCAAUCACCAGUACCAGUAGCAACACCAUCACCUCACUCUCUUCACCCUACAGAAGCACCAUCACCUGCAUCUCUACAUAUUGUAGCAGCUCCACCACAGCCUUCAACGACCGUAACACUACCUCCUCCACCCAAAGAGACACCAAUCCCGGUAGUGACACCUGUACCGGCAGUGGCAGCAGUGCUACUAUCACCACUAUCAAUACAUCCAGCAUCCUCCACAGCAGCAGUACCGCCACCUCCAUCACAACCUCCAGUCCAGACGACUGUGCAACACCCUAAGCAACAGCCGUCACGACGUGGACGUGGAAGGCCAAAGAGAGCAGCAACGGUGGCUGUUCCAGCAGCACCCUCUACUGUCAAUACAGUGGAUAUAGGAUCGCAGAGCGCUCCAAGUCUGUCCCCUACUGCACCCCCUGGCUUUGAAACUCCACCUGGUUAUGCUACUGUCAAAGGUGUGGCUGGAUCCUCAUCACCCGAGUUUGGUAAAGGUGCAGUUCCUGCUUCUGUAACCCCUGUUGCAGUCCCUUCUGUUCCGACACAAGCCAAGGGACAAGGUCAGAAGAUUCAAAGAGAAUCUGGUACACCUCGAAGCCGUGCAAAGAAACAGACUCCUCUGGCACCAGCUACUGCACCACAAAUAAUUCCUAGUUCAGCAAUUUCAAUGGAGAGUGGUAUUGCAUCAGAUAUAAUCAAGUCUUCUGGUGCCUCAGAUGUACCUACUGUAACAGAUGCUGUUGACAGCUCACUUUCAAGGGUCCAAAGUGGAUCUGGUACACCUCGAAGCCGUUCAAAGAAACAGACUCCUCUGACAUCAGGUACUUCACCGGUAAUAAUUUCUGCUUCAGCAGUUUCGAAGGAGAGUAUAAUUAAGUCAUCUGGUGCCUCAGAUGUACCUACUGCUACAGGUGCUGUUGAUAGCCCACUUUCAAGGGUCCAAACUGCAGUAACCAUGGCAUCAGAUAGUUCAUCAACUGCCACUAUAUCCCAAGACAAGCAAAAAUUAGUAAGUGCACAAUCUGGAACAAGUGCACCUACUUUAGUCACUUACGAGGUCAAUCCAGUCUCAGGGCUUCAUACGUUGGUUGAAUUGGUUCCUGUGUGUCUUCCAGUCACAUCCCCUGUUCAAGAGAAGCAUAAGACUCCUAUUCCGAAAAGAAAAAAAGUGGAAAGAGUGCGUACCAGUUCUGUGACAAAGCCUGCUAUUUCUGAAACUACCAGGCCAGACAUUAACGACAAAAUCGAGUCUGGAGAGUUUGGAAAGGAUGAUGGUGUGAAGGUCAAUGUGACAAUUGGUUUGCAAGAACCCAAGAUUGACCAAACAUCUACUCCUGUUACGUCUGCGUUGGCACAAGAUUUGAUGGAGAGGAGAAACCUUCGCAUGGGGCCUAAGAAUGCUAAGUCAGGGAGGAAACAGAAAACAACCGCCAAACCAGGGUCCCCUGCAGCGCAUUUAGUCAAGGAGGAUGCUGGAGCUGGUCUCAGUACAUCAGUACUAAAGCCACAAAACGUCUCAGGGGGUCCAAGCAGUUUAAAUUUGGAACAAACUGUGGUUCAGCCAGUUAAAUCAGUUCCAGCUCAAGAAAAUGUGAAAUUGAUACCUGGUAACAGUACUUCUGUACCUGAGCUUCAGAGUACUGCAAGAGAAGCUGUCAGUGCACAAAUCAAACCUUCUUUGGUUGAUCCCGUUGAAUCUGAGGCGCCUCAGUCCAGUAUGACCACAGCUGACACACCAAGUAUUAGCUCACCCGUAAAUCAAAAACCAGCAGUAUCAGUUUCCUCUCGCCAAACUAGAUUUUCUGCAGCGAAAGAAAAGGCAAGGGAAACUCCUGCAGUUAGGCGAGGCCCGAGGAAGAAGGAUUUGGCAAGGGCAGCAUCUACUGCAGUCAAUACUUCAGGACCCACAACACGGGGCUCCUUAGUGGGUUCACUUGUGGUGGAGAGCAGCAGUAAGGCUGUAGAAACCAAUAUUAAUAAACGCAAAGUGGAACCCGAUACAAAGUCCAAUCAGGAGGUUAACACCAAGGAAACAUUAGAUUAUGCAGUCCAGAGCGGGUGUUUAUCUGCUUCAUCAACAGUGCAUAUGCAUGCCUCCAGUUCUACUAUCGACAAAAUUUCUCCAUGUGUACAAGAAGCGGAACAAAUCGACACACAACACAAGCUGAAGAACGAGGGUGUUCAGUGUGACAGCAGAAGUGGGGUUGUCCUGGUCAAGCCCGCACUGGAUAAAGCUGUAACAGAGGGUGAUUCUGGCAUGCAGAUAGAUACAAGCAAAGAUGUGGGGGCGUCAUUGACUGAAAAAAAUACUGAAAUCUCUAAGGAGCAUCAUCAUCAAGUUGUUGCACCUGUCAUGGGAAAUUUGAGCAAAGAAACCAUGGAGGAGGACCGAUUGGACAGCUUAGCAACGGACCCUCCAAUGGAGGAUGUUGUAGAUAGUGUUGAAGCUGAUGGCAACAAAAUUUUAGAAAGAAAUGUUGACUCGACUGCGUCAGAUCCUAGAGAGGUUCUCAAAGUUGCAGAAGCAGCGGACUUUGUCAAUGUUGUAGAAGAUAUUUCUAAGGUUGAUGUUUCAGAAAGGCAAGAAGUUGCUGGAGGAAAGGCCAAGUCACUUAUCACCUCUGCUUCUGUUGAGGAAGGCGUUAGUGCUGACAUCGGUCAAGAUACUGGAACAUCAGAAACUCACCAGACUACAAAUUCAAUGAAUGUUCCUGAGCGUGCUGAUGUUUAUGGAGUUGCUUCAGAAAACGUAAACUCAUCAUCCACCUCUGUGAAUGUGGAAGAAGCUACUGCUGAACAUGAUGAGGAUCUCAAAACAAGAGAAGUGCCUGGCGGAUUAACGGCUGUGGAUGCAACAACACGCGGCUCCUUAGUUGGUUCGCUUGUGGUGGAGAGCAGCAAUAAGGCUGUGGAAACCAAUAUUACUAAAUGCAAAGUGGAAAUCGAUACAAAGUCCGACCAGGAGUCUAACACCAAGGAAAAAAUAGAUUGUGCAGUCCAAAGCGGAUGUAUAUCUUCUUCAUCAACAGUACAUAUACAUGCCUCCAGCUCUAAUAUAGGAGGAAUAUCUGCAUGUGUACAAGAAGCUGGACAGAUUAACACACAACUUAAGCUGAAGAAGGAGGGUGUUCAGUGUGGCGGCAGAAGUGGGGUUGUCCUGGUCAAACCAGCACUGGAUAAAGCUGUAACAGAGGGUGAUUCUGGCACGCAAAUAGGUACAAACAAAGAAGUGGGGGCGUCUGUGUCAUUGACUGAAAAAAGUACUGAAAUCUCAAUGGAGCAUCAUCAUCCAGCUGUUGCACCUUUCGUGGAAAAUGUGAGCAAAGAAACUAUGGAGGAAGACCCAUUGGACAGCUUAGCAAUGGAUUCUUCAAUAGAGGAUGUCGUAGAUAGUGCUGAAGCUGACGGCAACAAAACUUUAGAAGGAAAUGUUGACACAUCAUCCAUCUCGACUGCGUCAGAUCCUAGAGAGGUUCUCAAAGUUACAGAAGCAACGAACUUUCCUAAAGUUGUAAAGGAUAUUACAAAGGUUGAUGUUCCAGAAAGUCAAGAAGUUGCUGGAGGAAAUGCCAAGUCACUUAUCACUUCUGCUUUUGUAGAGGAAGGCGUUAGAGCUGAUAUUGGUCAUGAUACUCAAACAUCAGAAUCUCACCAGAUUACAAAUUCAAUGGAUGUUCCUGAGCAUGCUGAUGUUUAUGGAGUUGCUUCAGCAGGAAACGUAAACUCAUCAUCCACCUCUGUGAACGUGGAAGAAGUUACGGCUGACCAUGAUGAGGAUCUCAAAACGAGAGAAGUGCCUUGCGCAUUAAUGGCUGUAGAUGCUACAACAAGCUGCUCCUUAGGUGGUUCACUUGUGGUGGAGAGCAGCAGUAAGGAUGUAGAAAUCAAUAUUACAGAACCCAAAGUGGAAAUCGAUACAAAGUCUGAUCAGGAGUCUAACACCGAGGAAAAAUUAGAUGCUGCAGUCCAGAGCGGGUGUUUAUGUGCUCCAUCAACAUUGCAUAUACAUGCCUCCAGUUCUGCCGAUGGAAUUUCUCCAGGUGUACAAGAAGCUGAACAAAUCAACACACAGCAUAAGCUAAAGAACGAGGGUGUUCAGAGUGACAGCAAAAUUGGGGUUGUCCUGCUCAAUCCCCCACUGGAUAAAGCUGUAACAGAGGGUGAUUUUGGCAUGCAAAUAGAUAUAAACAAAGAAGUGGGUGCGUCUAUAUCAUUGACUGAAAAUAGUACUGAAAUCUCUAUGGAGCGUCGUCAUCAAGCUGUUGCACCUGCCGUUGAAAAUGUGAGCAAAGAUACCAUGGAGGAAGACCGAUUAGACAGCUUAGCAACGGAUUCUUCUGUGGAGGAUGUUGUAGAUAGUGCUGAAGCUGAUGGCAACAAAAUGUUAGAAAGAAGUGUUGACUCAUCAUCCAUCUCGACUGCCUCAGAUCCUAUAGAUGUUCUCAAAGUUACAGAAGGGAUGGACUUUCCGGAAGUUGUAGAGGAUAUUUCAAAGGUUGAUGUUUCAGAAAGUCGAGAAGUUGCUGGAGGUAAUGCCAAGUUGCUUAUCACCUCUGUUUCUGUAGAGGAAGGCGUUAGUGCUGACAUUGGUCAUGAUACUCGAACAUCAGAAACUCACCAGAUUACAAAUUCAAUGGAUGUUCCAGAGCGUGCCGAUGUUUAUGGAGUUGCUUCAGUAGGAAACGUAAAAUCAUCAUCCACUUCUGUGAAUGUGGAAGAAGGUACAGCUGAACAUGAUGAGGAUCUGAAAACAAGAGAAGUGCCUGGUGGAUUAAUGGCUGUAGAUGCUACAACACGCGGCUCCUUAGUUGGUUCACUUGUGGUGGAGAGCAUCAAUAAGGCUGUAGAAACCAAUAUUACUAAACGCAAAGUGGAAAUAGAUACAAAGUCUGAUCAGGAGUCCAACUCCAAGGAAAAAUUAGAUUCUGAAAUCCAGAGUGGGUGUUUAUCUGCUUCAUCAAAAUUGCACAUACAUGCCUCCAGUUCUACUAUCAAUGAAGGUUCUCCAUGUGAAGCUGAGCAAAUCAUCACACAGUAUAAGCUGGAGAACGAGGGAGUUCAGUGUUACACCAGAAGUGGGGUUGUCCUGGUCAAACCCACACUGGAUAAAGCUGUAACAGAGGGUGAUUCUGGCAUGCAGAUAGAUACAAGCAAAGAUGUGGGGGCGUCUAUAUCAUCGACUGAAAAAAGUACUGCCUUAAAUGAGCAUCACCAUCAAGCUGUUGCACCUGUCGUGGAAAAUUUGAGCAAAGAAACCAUGGAGGAAGACCGAUUGGACAGCUUAGCAACGGAUUCUCCAAUGGUGGAUGUUGUAGAUAGUGCUGAAGCUGUUGCCAACAAAUUUUUAGAUAGAAAUGUUGACCCACCAUCCAUCUCGACUGUGUCAGAUCCUAGAGAAGUUCUCAAAGUUACGGAAGCAACAGACUUUCAGAAUGUUGUAGAGGAUAUUCCUAUGGUUGAUGUUUCCGAAAGUCAAGAAGUUGCAGGGGGCAAUGCCAAGUCACUUAUCAUCUCUGCUUCUGUUGAUGAAGGCGUUGGUGCUGACAUUGGCCAUGAUACUCGAACAUCGGACACCCACCAGAUUACAAAUGCAUCAAUGGAUGCUCCAGACCGUGCCGAUGUUAAUGGAGUUGCUUCAGUAGGAAAUGUAAGCUCAUCGUCCACCUCUGUGAAUGUGGAAGAAGCUACGGCUGACCAUAAGGAGGAUCCUCAAACAAGAGAAGUUCCUGGCGGAUUGAUGGCUGUAGAUGUUGCAAUGGGGAAUGUUGGAGAGGGUGUUGAAGUUGUAACUAAUGCUCCUGUAGAUACUACAAUGGAGGAUGUUGAGGGUGUUAAACUUAUAACUAAUGCUCCCAUCGAGGAAUCAUCAGGCAAAGAAGUUUCUGAGGCUUGAGAAAUCCUAGAAUUUGUAGUGUACAUAUAGUUUGUCAUAAAACUAGAAAUAAUUUUAACUAAAGUACUGUGUAUUUUUCGUGUUAAAGAAAAAUAUUUGUCAUGACA